CAUAUUGAAGAUAAAAUUCAUACACGAGACUUGAUUUUGGUCUGGCGGCGAAGCGUUCAUUAUAUACACUAAGAUAGUAUUCAAAAUGGAGGGCGAGAGGAAGAAAAGUGAUACAGAAAAGUCAUCUGAUGCAGAAAUGGAAGAGCUGUCAGAUGAAGCAAAACAAUUAUUGGUGACAACAAGUCAAAACCUGACACAGGUUGAGGACGAAAUUGUACAAGAAAACGAAUCCAUUGAACAUGCUAUAAAUGAAGCAUUUAAGAAGAGCGGCGGCUUGGUAGGCGUGGCUAAUAUGAUACGAGCAAAACUGAAUAACUGGGAAGAGGAAGAAAUAAAUAUUGCCGUCACUGGUCGGACGGGCGUUGGAAAAUCUUGCUUUAUCAACGCUAUCAGAGGUGACAUAGAUGAAUCACAGCCAACGUAUGCAGAAGUAGGUCAUAUCGAAGGCAGGCCCGAGAGGAAAUCGUUUCCACAUCCGGCAAACAAGCGUCUAAUAUUUUGGGACCUACCAGGGGUGGGAACAGAGACAUUUCCUAGGAAGACGUAUCUUAAGAGAAAAGAUAUAAACUUUCACUCCUAUGAUGUGUUUAUAAUAAUGGCAUGCGACAGGUUUACCGAGGACGAAAAAUGGCUGGCCACAGAAGUGAAAAAAAUGGGAAAGAUAUUCCUUUUCGUGCGAUCAAAGAUUGAUAACCAGAUCGAGAGCGACAAACUAAUGAAGAAAAAGGCAAAAAAAGUAUCAAAUCCACUAGAGGUUAUUGACAAAAUUCGUAAGGAUUGCAAAAAGAAUUUGGGAGAUGAGUUCAAGGACAUUUAUUUAAUUAAUAGUCUGAACUUAAUGCAAGAAAAUCUCGACUUCAGUAAAUUAAUAGAUCGUUUGGUAGAAGGAUUUGAAGGGCUAAAAGCAGAAGCAUUGAUAUGUUCGUUAGGCUUUCUUACUCCUGCAAUACUUCAAAAAAAGUUCAAAUGGCUUAAAAGAAGAAUAUAUGGAAUGGGUGCACUGUCUAGUCUUUCUGGUGCAAUUCCUGUUCCAGGAACAACCCUGCUUGCCGACGCUUUGCUGAUAGUAAACGAAACGCGUUUAUAUCGUAAACAGCUCGGGCUGUCGGAUAGCGACCUGGAAGCUCUUGCUGAACUCAUGAACAUGCCUGUUGAUGAGUUAGCGGAGAAGUACUCACUGAAAACCUUAAGUUUACCACUGACCGUUAAAGGGACAAUAGCAUCGUCAGUCCUGCUUGCUUCUGAUGUAGUCACUUCAGCUUUUGGUUUAGCAAUUCCUUUUGUAGGAAUGUCAGUUGGAGCAGUUUUAUCUUUUGCAACUACUAUAAAAUUGCUCCGAUCAAUUCUUGAUGUUAUGGAAAAGGAUGCUUACAUAGUAUUGAGCCUUAUAAUAGAACAAACCGGCGGUAGAGUCUUACAACUUACGGAAAAGUCUGAAUAGUUGUAAUAUUUCAUUACUCCGAUACGCAAGUAAUAACUGAGUCAGGACCCUGAGCUGCGGGACCAUGGUCUACAAAACGUCGGUAAUGUAAAAAUAUAAGGACACUUAUAAAUAUCUAAUACGGUACCCUAGACUUUAAGGAACUUUAUAUAUACAUUGUAUAUAUAUAUAUAGUUCCUUAAAGUCUAGGGUAUAUAUUGAUAGCACAUAAAAUCUGUGAAAAGAUUCUUUGGAAACAUAGAACGCAACAACAUACUAAUCUACUAGAGGCUGAAUGCAAGUAAAUGUUGUAAUGCUUUGGUUUAAAUAACAAAAAUCACCAGACAACAAUAGAGUAUCAAACUCCUCUCACAGCUUCUGACCAAUUCAAUAAACUUGUUUAAUAUGAAGUGGAUUUGUACUUUUGUCAGGAGAUUAACGCCGAUAUUUUUGCCAUGUCCUUUUUCAUGUUGAAAUACUCCUUUUUAAAGCAUUUACUGUGGACUUGUGUCGCACGUUGACAUUCACGUUUCGAGACAAAAAAUAAAAAACUCUAUGAUCGUUUAUUUGUCCAAAAAAGCGUCGAAUACGGCUAUUUAUUUCUCCAGUAAGUUGGGACUGCUGGAUUUAAGAGCAUGAUUUUCGAAAUUGUUUCCACAAAUGCAUUGUCAAAGACUCAACAGUUUCAAAGAAAACAAUAUCGAUGUGUAUAAAUGUAAAAAUGUCUUAUAUAAUUGUUAAACAAACGGUAAAAUGCAAUUUUAAAAUGUUGGCAUAAUGGUUUCAAUGAUGUGUGAUUGUUAUAAACAGGUAUCAUAAAAAGCUUAUACAUGUAUGUGAUUUGUAACGUCUACCUAACAACAGGAUUUGACUGAAAUUAAUUUGGAAACCCCUGACAGCUAAAUUACCUAUCUGCAACAACGUAUUUGACUUCGCGUGCUUACGAUCAUGAUGAAUAUGAGACAUUUUUUCGAUAUGAAUAAAAUGUGUUAAAAAAAACUAGUUCCUGAUUUUUUUUUCAUUUUUGUAAAAGAUA